AUGAGUACUUCGACGACCUUCGAAGAGCCAUAUGUUCCUCUUCGUUACAGACUGAGUGAGGAUGACUUCUCAUGGAACGGACCAACGGGCAUCGCUGCUGUCCCUGAAGAAGGGAAACUCAGCUUCAUGCUUCGCCUAGGUUUCGAGGCGCAUAUAGCAUACCACGAGCAGCUGUUCGACGAGAUGAAGGCAGAGGCGAAAAUCGGCUGUGAAGACUUACUCGGCAACCACGAGAUCACACCCCAGGCGGUCAGCCGAGCAGAACAUGCGAUCCUCGCGAAAGCAAGCCCUCAAACCAAGAUUGUGUAUGAGCUCGUCGCCGACGAUCAGGACAACUGGGUCAUUCGCUGGAUGCUUUGGCACUGCAUCGAGGAGCACGUCAAUUCGUCCUGCAGCUUAUGGUCCAAGUCGCAAUCUCGUCCGCCAUCGUCGCAAAGCACUACUCCGUCUAGCAGUACGACGAGGCCGUCACCGGUAGAUUCGGUCAUCAUGAGCCCGAGGCGGAGUCCGAGCACGCGGGUGGCCAAGCGUGUGCACAGACGAGUCAAGAAGAAGCAUCUGCCCGAGACCACUGUAACAAGAAGGCGAGACUUCUGGGACCCUGUCAGGUCGCCAUGA